CUAACAUAGGCCAUCGAGCCUCCUGUCCUUCCCCAAAGUGAAACUGAAACUCUUGAACGUUAAAUGCAUAUUGAAUAUUGAAACUGCGGACAUCUGGCGGCGCGGGGUUACUCGUGAGAAUGUCGUUGUCAAAGUAUAUUUCCCCUCCCUUGACUUCCCUCCCACUGUGCUUACCCCGUUAUUAUGGCGGUGUGAUUCUAGUGGGUGUGAGUGCAUUCGGGUUAAACAUUUACUUCGCCCGCCGAGUUAUGCAAGCUCGCAAAGAACACAGCGUUGAGUUGCCUAUUAUGUACCACCCCACAAACAAAGUAUUUAACUGCAUCCAAAGAGGUCAUCAAAACUAUCUAGAGGUUCUCCCCUUUUUUCUCAUGGCGUUGUUUCUGGGUGGUUUGCGUUACCCUCGGACGUAUACUGCGUGUGGUGUAGUAUUUCUCCUUGGUCGCCUAUUAUAUUUUCAGGGAUAUGCAUCCGGAGACCCAGCAAAGCGUCAUAAAGGUGCUAUUUCCAUGGCCGGUGGAUUCCCAAUGAUUAUGGGGUUGCUAGUUUUCGGUAUUCAACACUUGGUAGCGAGUAUAAGAUGUACGGGUUGUGCAUUGCGUAGUUGAGGGAAGUUGGAUCAUAUGUAACAGCAUUCAUAAAUAUUUAGUAGACGACUGUUUUUAUCAUUGUCAUGCAUGCAUUUAGAAUAAAACUAUUUCAC